AUGGAAUCGGCGAACGGAGCAAUGGCAGAGAAGGACCAACGCUUGACGGAAUGGCGCAUGCACCGUGGCCCCUACCUCGGAGAUAUCUCAGCUCUCUGUUUUCUCCACCUUCCCAAUCUUUCUCUUCCUCUUCUGCUCGCGGGUUUGGGUUCAGAAAUUGCUGUGUAUGAUUUGGAACUCAGUAAGAGAAUAAGGUCUUUCUCUGUAUUCGAAGGAGUUCGCGUCCACGGUAUCGCUUCUAGUUUCCCUCGCGAGUCCGUGAUUGCUGUGUUUGGGGAAACGAGAGUAAGGCUUUUUAGCUUUGAAUUUGAUGGCGUUUCGGGGAGCGCAGAGUUGACGCUAGUUCAUUUGCUGCCGAAGUUUGGUCAUUGGGUUUUGGAUGUUUGCUUCCUCGAGGGAUGCUUACCUCAUUCCAAUGUGGAGGGUCAUUUUCUUGCUGUAGGAUGUAGUGACAAUUCAGUUCAUGUUUGGGAUAUUUCUAACUCUAUUGCGGUUCUUAAGGUUCAAUCUCCAGUACGGUGCCUUCUGUACUCAAUGCGAUUAUGGGGUCACAAUCUUGAAGUUCUCCGAAUUGCAUCUGGUACAAUAUUUAACGAGCUUUUACAGAUCAAAAUCCUGCUUGAUCCACAUACUAGAACUAAAGACCUCAUGCAAAAAACACGCAAAAUAGUUCAAGCCAAUCCCAGUGUCAUCUUCAAGGAUUAUAAAGUUUGGUUCGGGCAGAUUAUUGUUUGGAAACUGGCCCAUCAACACAAUGAAUCUUCAAGUCAUCGAGAAAACCAUUAUCAUCAGAGCAUUUCAUCCUCCGAUUGCUUCCAGCUUAAGGAUCAACUGUUUGAGGCUAUUCAUGUAUGUAAACUUAUUGGACAUGAAGGUUCAAUCUUCCGAAUAGCAUGGUCAACUUGUGGAUCUAAACUGGUAUCUGUCUCUGAUGACCGGAGUGCACGUGUCUGGGCUGUUUCUAUUGAAAAGGAACAUGCAUUCUCCCAUGAUCCCAUUGCCCUUAUCUUAUUUGGACAUAAUGCCCGGGUUUGGGACUGCUCUAUUUCUGAUAAUUUGAUUGUCACUGUGAGUGAAGAUUGUACAUGUCGCAUAUGGGGAGUUGAUGGUAAACAACUGCAAGUCAUUAAGGAGCACAUUGGAAGAGGUAUAUGGAGAUGUUUGUAUGACCCAAAUUCAUCACUGCUUAUAACUGCUGGGUUUGACUCUGCCAUUAAAGUACAUCGACCUCAUGUGUCUCUGCCCAGGGCUUUGCAAGCAGUACAGGGAUCCCCUAGUAGGACAGAGUUGUUUCCCAUUCGCAUCCCUAAUGUGUCAGAGCAUGUUGGAUAUAUGGACAGCAAGAGUGAAUAUGUUCGAUGUUUACGCUUUUCCUGUCAGGAUUCUCUUUAUGUUGCUACCAAUCAUGGUUAUCUCUAUCAUGCUAAAUUAUGUGAUACUGGAGGUACUCAGUGGAAUCAACUUGUCCAUGUCAGCAAUGGGGCACCUAUUAUCUGUAUGGAUUUAUUGUCCAAGGACUCUGAUGAACAUGACUGUGGUGCUGAGGAUUGGAUUGCCAUUGGAGAUGGUAAAGGGAAUAUGACAAUUAUUGAAGUUGCCAAGGAUUAUCAUACUCCUACAGUUAGAUUGUGCUUUACUUGGCCAGCUGAAAUGGAGAGACAGCUCUUGGGUACUUAUUGGUGUAAAUCUCUGGGAUGUAGGUAUAUCUUCACAGCUGAUCCUAGAGGAACAUUGAAACUCUGGAGAUUGCCUGACCCACACUCUGAUCUUCAGAGCUCCAUGAGGAGUAACAAAUUAUCACAUAUAGCAGAGUUCGUAUCGAAUUAUGGAAUGCGGGUAAUGUGUUUGGAUGCAUGCAUGGAGGGAGAGGUCUUAGCAUGUGGAGAUGUACGGGGUAAUAUGAUUCUGUUCCCUUUGCUAAAGAAUCUGGUUUUGAACAUAACUGCUGCACAAGAAAUGAAGAUACCUCCAAUAAAUAAUUUCAAAGGAGUUCAUGGGAUUUCAAGUGUCUCCAGUGUUUCUGUGACUAAGCUUGGUUAUAACCAGAUAGAGAUAUGCUCAACUGGAGCUGAUGGUUGUAUAUGCUAUCUGGAAUAUGAUAAAGAAAUGCAUAAUUUGCAAUUUACGGGAAUGAAACAAGUGAAAGAAUUGUCUUUGAUUGAGUAUGUUUCUGUGGAUAACAAGUCUGGUCAUAGAUUGCCAAGUAGCUAUGCAGCUGGUUUUGCUUCGGUGGAUUUCAUAGUUUGGAACUUGGUGAAUGAGAAUAAGGUGGUGAACAUUCCCUGUGGUGGAUGGCGACGUCCUCAUUCCUAUUAUCUAGGUGAUAUACCAGAGAUAAAGAACUGCUUUGCUUUUGUCAAGGAUGAAUUGAUACAUAUACAUAGACACUGGAUUCAUAAUAGAGAUGGGAAGGUGUACCCUCAAAAUUUGCACAUGCAGUUCCAUGGUAGAGAGAUACAUUCCUUGUGCUUUAUCCCUGAUGAUGUGUUUGUUGGAGAUAAUUUUAAGUGUACCUUAUUUUCUAAAUCAAGUUGGAUUGCAACUGGAUGUGAGGAUGGAACUGUGAGGUUGACUUGGUACUCUCCAGGCAUUGAAAAUUGGGCCAUGUCAAAACUUCUUGGAGAGCAUGUUGGAGGAUCCGCGGUAAGAUCAUUAUGUUGUGUGUCAAAAGUACACACAAUUUCAUCAGAUAUAGGUGAGGUAUCUGAUGGGAGGAUUGAACUGGACGCUGUUGAGAACAAAGAUAAACCAACAUUACUGAUAUCAGUGGGUGCAAAGCGUGUCUUAACUUCUUGGAUAUUAAAAAAUAAGAGGCUGGACUCCAAAAAUGACUUCCUAAUCAAUCAUCAGGACAAAUCAGAAGGCGUUGAUGACCCUUUUUUGUCAAGUUUGUCCUCAUCAAUGACAUUCCAGUGGCUUUCCACUGACAUGCCUGCUAAAUAUUCAAUUACGCAUGAUACUCCCAAAAAUAAUAUGGAGAAGAUAGUUGGUGUUGCUGAAAAUGUAUCUAAUAUAAAUAAUGAUGCCAGAAAUAUUUCCGAGAGUGGAAUGGCAAACUUGAUCAAAGAUAAACAUGAAGAUGACUGGAGGUAUCUUGCAGUCACAGCUUUUCUUGUUAGAUAUUUUGGUUCCAGGCUAUCUGUCUGCUUUGUUACUGUCGCAUGUUCAGAUGCUACGCUUAUGUUACGGGCGUUAAUUUUACCCUAUCGCUUGUGGUAUGAUGUCGCCUUACUGGUUCCUUUAGCGGCACCUGUUUUGUCAUUGCAGCAUGUCAUAUUUCCCCUCUCUGAGCCUUGUAAAGGUUUGUAUUCUGUGGCAGUCAUUACUGGCCAGAGCUCUUCUGCACCUCAUAACCCCUUCCUUUCAUGCGGAUGUGCUAGUUUUAUUGCAAUAAGCCAAAUUAUUUCUAAGUUUGUCUCUUCAAAAGUUAAGAUGGUUUUGUCGAUAGUCAAAAUUAAUGGUGAAAUGCUGGGAAAUCAGCUUAUUCUAUUGAGGAAGCUUAUUCAUAGCACCAGUGCCUUCUAUAAAUUUGAUUCAUCUUAUGUCCGUAUUUUUUUUUUUUUCGCAGAAAACAUCCGUGGUGGAAAUGUUUAUAUUGUGAUUAGUGGGUCUACUGAUGGGAGUGUUGCUUUUUGGGACCUAACUGACAGUGUUGAAGCUUUUAUGCAGCGGGUUUCAGUUUGUAAUGUUGAAAAGCUUUUUGAUUGUCAAAAACGACCACGCACUGGGAGAGGAAGUCAAGGUGGUAGACAGUGGCGAUCCUUAAGCAGAGACUCAUCAAAGAAAAGACAAGACAACAGUCUGGUCAAUUUGAAAACCAAAGAGAAGACCACAAGCAUCAGCUGUGUUACACAGGGAACCUCUUUCAUGCCAUGUGAUUUUGAAGACAGCAAGAUGGGUUGUUCCCAAUCCACACAUAUGGCUCCCCUGGAGUUAGAAAGCAAGACUGAUAAAUCGUCAGUGGAAAUAUGUGAAAUACAGCCUCUAUGCCUUCUGCAAAAUAUUCACCAAUCUGGUGUCAACUGUCUCCAUGUUUCAGAGAUUAUUAGUGGGCAAAAUACUGACAGUUGUCAAGUGUACACCGUAGUUAGUGGGGGUGAUGAUCAAGCACUUAAUCAUCUCAUGGUUGAAUUAUCACGUAAAUCAAAAAAUUUAAAUGAUGGAAUUUUGAGCACAGAGAUCACUCAUAUUGUCUCUGUACCUGAAUAUGGAAAGGACAUCAAUUUUCAAUAUCGGAGCAAGAAAUAUGAGAUUAGAUUCUUAAAUCAUGAAAAAUUACCCUCUGCACAUAGCUCUUCUGUCAAAGGUGUCUGGACAGACGGAUCAUGGGUGUUUUCCACUGGACUUGAUCAGCGGGUCAGAUGCUGGCAUCUUCAGCAGAGCAAACUAGUCGAGCAUUCAUAUUUAAUAGUUAGUGUUCCAGAGCCAGAGUCGUUAUCUGCUAGGGCUUGUGGCAGGAAUCAAUAUCAAAUUGCUGUUGCUGGAAGAGGGAUGCAGAUAAUUGAUUUUUCUGAAUCUUCAGACAAGAUUGAUGACUGCUUAGGUUCUGCAAUUGCGUCUGGAUCAAGUCCCAAGCAUCGAAGUUGUCACCUCUAUAGAAGGGGGAGAACUAGUCAAGGAUUCGGCAUAGCAGUGACAACUAUGAAGUUGCACGGUUUUAUGCUCAUUGAACUGGACACUGAACUUGGUUUUCGAUGUGAUGAAUUGGUCUCUCACCGACAUUGA